CCCACCCGCCGUGGUGGUGGUGGUUCCCCCCCUGCCCGCCGCCGCCGCCACCACCGCCGCCGGCUGCGGUGCCACGUCGAAUGUCGACUGCUACACCUGCCGGCGGCGACGCGUCAAGUGCGACCGCCAGCUGCCGCUGUGCGCAAAGUGUGAGCGUACCAAGCUCGAAUGUCUAGGCUACAAGAAGCCGCUGGUGUGGAACAAGGGCGUUGCGUCCCGUGGCAAGAUGAUGGGCAAGACGUUUCCUACUCCAGCGACUACGAGUAAUACUACUGCGGCCGUCAAGAAGUCGCCGCCGACUGCGACGGCGACGGCGACGACGGCGGGAAAGACCGCCGCGCAGAGAAAGAAAAUACAUGAGGCAAAGGCUGCCACCAUCGUGUCGCCGACGCUACCGAAUACGCCGGUUUCUCCGGUGGCGCCGCUCACGCCGUUGUCCAUUGCCGCCCCCCGGACUCCGGUCAAGCGGGAGGCGGAUGACGACGACAAUGAGGAUCUGUGCGUCGUCAGCAGCAGCAAUCACUGCGGCCCGGACACGACAGUGGCCCGGCCGAUGAUGCAGCUGUCGGCGGCGCCAGCAGAGAUGGGCGUGCCAGGAGAGUUGACGCUCACAUUGCAGAUACCCCCGAGUCAGGGUUCGCCGUUCGGACAUCUCAACCCGGAAGCGCGUUUCUACAUGCAGUACUUCGAGGACCGUGUCGCCCGCGACUUUGUGCUCUUUGAUCGCGUGUCCGACAACCCCUAUCGCCAUCUGAUGCCCGCGGCGGCGCACCAUCCCGCGCUGCUCAACGGCAUCCUCGCCGUCGCCGCGCGCCACCACUCAAAUCUGACCAACACGUCCGUCGCCAAGCACCUCCCGUACAAGGGCCUAUCGUUCGCGCACCUGUCACAGGACCUGCAGCGCCUCGGCACCAAGGGGAUCCUAACGGAGCCUACGCUUGCCGUCGUGAUGCUCUUCAUCUUCUUCGAGACGCUCGACGGCGGGCUCAACACGUGGAAGAUCCACCUUCGCGGCGCGCGCCGGCUGAUCCAGGAAUGCCUGGCGCUCGACUCCCUCCCGGAGAACACCUCCGCGAUGCUCCGCAUCUUCAUGAACCACGUAACCCUCGUCGACAUCAUCGGCCGCACACUCGCCUUCUCCGCGACCUCGCAACCCAGCGUGUUCGACCAAGACAUCCCGGAGUUCCUCGCAGUCCUCCGCGAAGGCGAAGCCCACAACUUCCUCGGGUGCCCGGCCGAGCUCCUCGAGACGAUCCACGCAGUCACGCUGCUCAAGCCACGGGCGCGCACGCACCCCCCCUCAGACGCAUGCGACUUCCUCUCCACCGCGCGCGCGCUCCUCGCCCGCAUCGAUAGCUUCUCCGCCGCAACCUACGUCGCCGCCCGCACCGACAUCGACGCCGCUGACUCCCCGGCGCUAUCGCACCUGGUGCACGCCUACCGCUGCGCCGCCCGCGUCUACGCGGUGGAAACGCUGUUCCCGCUCGUCACGACGCGCGACGCCAUCGCCCCCUACCAUGCAGAGCUGCGACGACAUAUCGCCGCGCUGCAGGACCGCAGUCUCUUCCUGAAGGGCGCGGUGUGGCCCGUUUUUGUGGCGGGGACGGGCGCGCAUAGUACCGAGGAGCGCGCGUGGACGAGGACACAGCUCGGGAGGCUGUGGGAGGUAUUGCCGCAGGGAAAUAUUAAGAAUGCGGGGAUCGUGUUGGAGGAUAUUUGGGAGCGCGGGGAUGCGGGUGGAGAGAGGGGCUGGACGCUGCUGGAGAAGGGAGGCAGGGAUUGGUUGUUUGUUUAGCCGCGUGGGAAUAGCGGGUGGACGAGGGGGCUGGUGGGGUACGGAGUUCGGGAUGUAAUUGCUUGUGGAUUGUGGUUUGAUUUGAGUGUACGAUUGGAUUGGGUACAUACAUGGUGCGCCGACGACGACGACGUGGAUGCUCGAGGAUAGUCUUGUUUCUUCUGCCUACAUACUUACUUUUUACCUGUUUAUGUUUAUUUCUUGUGACGAUAGUUAUGGAUGGAUGGAUUGAUGGAUGGAUGGGGACUGGAGAACAAAAAAGGCGAGGAUAUGCGUGCGAGACGGGGGGAUAUCUGGAUUUUAUGUUCAAUGUUCGGGCUGGUGUGUUUGUGUGUUUUUGGGACAGUGGUAGGACUGACUUCUCGGCUUUGUAUAGGCCCUAUGGGUUGUAUUUAUUAUUGGUAUUGAUAUUGAAUGUUGAUAUUGA